AUGUCUUCUCCGAUCGAUCUUCGCAACCCCGGACGCCCGAUCCAUGUCGGGGUCAUCUUGCUCAACACGGUCACCGAGCAGUUCGACAUCGUCCCCGUCAACUUCUUUUCCGUCCUGAGUCGAGAAUUCCUUAAGGACAUGCCCGACGAUUUUGUGACGGACGAGCUUAAGGCUCAAGCUCUAGACUUCGUCUUCCACUGGGUCACCGAGACCGGCGACACCCCUGCCAGACUGACCUCAAACUUGAGAGUAGUGCCUACAGACUCCUUCGCUACAUGCCCGCCACUCGACAUCGUGGUCCUCGGUGCCAGCAAACUCGGUUACCAGGCGAACGAAGCCGAGAAAGAGUUCCUGCGCAAGAGCUACAAGGACUGCGCCGCAUUUCUCACGGUGUGCGGAGGGUUUGAGCCGGCGCUCGCUGCGGGGAUCCUGGAAGGUCAGACCGCAACUGGGCCGCGGUUCAUGUUGCCUAGGCUGCGACAGGAGUCUCCUGGGACCAACUGGGUCGAAAAGCGAUAUGUAUGCAGUGACUCUGGCAAGCUGUGGAGUACAGGCACGUUGCUGAAUGGCCUGGAUAUGGUGGCGGCAUUUGGUCGGUCUGUCUGGGGAGGAGAGGGCUCUCUGGUUGACAAUAUGAUCAAGAAGGGGUAUUUUCCUGAGCGUGAUGUGGAUUACAAGGAAGCUGCUGUAUAUCGACAAUGGCAGCAGACGAUGAUUUUAAAUUUAUGUGUCCUCGACCUAAGACGUCUCGGGCGUGCGAAAAAUGCAGGACACGUAAGAUUCGCUGUCUUCCCCCUGAACAGCCGUCCUCUCAGAAUGGCUGUCGGAGCUGAUGAAGACAGAUGCAUUAAGUUUGGCUACGACUGUACUCUCUUCGCCAGCCAGUCUUCCAGCAGCAAUGAGCAAUCCUCUACCGAGAGCUCUUCGACAAGCGACUGCAGCAUUCAGUCCCGUAAAGAGGAUGUCGUCUCCUCGCUCUUCAAAACCGCACCGAACCACGAAGACCAGUCUGCCCAAAUGCGCGACUUGCAUCGCCAAACAUUGCGCAAAGCACUACUCGGUGACAGCUGCUCCCAUCAUGAAGACGAUGGUCUCAAAACCAACACACCGCCCCUUAGCGAAUCUUCAGCACCCGGCACUAAAUAUAACAACCUCAAUGUUAGUAUGAAGGAGGCAGACGAGCUUCUAUCUCAAUUCAAGUAUCGGACUGUUUACUUCCCAUUUGUGGAGGUGCCUGAAGCUUUAUCCGCCGCCUCGAUGGCAAAAUCCCGACCCUUCCUCUUCUUCGCCAUUCUUGUAGUAUCUGCAGUCCGAAGGCCGCUUUUGCAGAGAAAGCUCGAUGAGAAGUUCCGUCGUGUGCUAAGUGAGAGAAUUGUUCUCCAUGGGGAGAAGAGCCUAGACUACGUUCAAGGUCUGCUCGUGUAUCUUGCAUGGUAUCCGAUGCACAUCCGACCAAUGAACAACCAGAUGUGGCAGUAUCUGCAAAUACUCACUGGGAUGAUAUCUGAUUUGAAGCUUGAUCACAAGUUGCAAGACACGGCUAUGCGCAACUCUUGCCUCGGAUGUUAUAAUUUAUCAUCACUUAUAUCUUUUGGCCUACGGCGUCGCAGUGACACUGCAAUAUUCCAGGCUCUGAAGUCGUCGAUAGGAGAUGAAACAUCUUCCAACCAAGAUAUCAGCAUCGAAACACAGCUUUCACGAAUCCAAAUACUCUGGGAAACUCUAGCCCGCCACAGAUCAGACUCCCGUGAAGACACACUCGAGUCAGGAAGCGAUACAUUGUCAUUUCACCUACAUAUGCAAGACCUCGAGCGUAGGAUACGAUCGGAUGUACCCGCAACAGGAGAAGUCCCUUUGCGCCUCUCUAUUCAGUCUCUGAAAGUGGUCCCUGCGAAUCUCCCAUGGACAGCGCACAGUUCAAGCCCAAACCGAAGACCACCUUCCGACCCGUUGACAGUUAGCCACCAACCAUUAGAGCACUUGCAAGAAGCCCGCUCCUGCUUUUCCGAGAUCCAGGGCUUCUUUGACUAUCUUCUCACCAUACCCACGGCCCAAUACAUCUAUUUCUCAUUGAGGGAGUGGUGCCAAAUCAUCCUCACAAUCAGCACUGCGUCACAAAUAUGCUUUGUCUCUUCCCCAUCCGUGGAUUCGCAAUGGAACGAGCUCCAGACAACAGCACGUUACAAAAUGCAAGUCUACCUCGAAAGCCUCUCGCACCGCAUGUCGACCCUAUCCAUUUCGAAGCCCGGCGACACCCCUGAUACCUUCAGUAUGUUCAAGUCGGUCCUGGAUAUCGUCCUAGAGACGUACGCGGCAGCCAGUAGCAACUCUCCGUCCGUAUCACCUUACGAUGGCUCGGGCACCGAUGCUCUGAGCACGCUAAGCGCUGAGAAGGAUGAGCCUUCGCCAACCAAGUCCAGUCGAUGUCCUAUAAUGAAUGGAAGUAUCAAACAGACAGAGUUUUGGGAGGCGGUUCAGCAGAGUAAUGCCAUGUGUGGAUCAGGAACGGGAGCAGGCUACCAUCAGGCACCUUUUGGGGCUGGGAUGGAUAAAUUGUUCGAUGAUGACCAGGAUUGGCCGAGCUUGUUUUCGGAAUGGGUCAACUUCACUUAG